GAAGAACAACAACAAGAAGAAGAAAAGUCGACGUCAACAACGAGGAAGAGAAUAAUAACAAGACACUAACAUGGCUGCUGACAGUGACCCCGAGUCAGAGGUGUUUGAGAUCACUGAUUUCACCACCGCAUCAGAAUGGGAACGCUUCGUGUCCAGAGUUGAGGAAGUGCUAAAUGACUGGAAGCUGAUUGGAAACUCGGGAGGAAAGUCGUCCCCAGAGAAGGGUGAAUACACCAGUGGUACCUGGGAGGAGAAGUCUCAGGAGAUUAACUUUGCUGAUUUUAAGUUCUCCAUUACUCACUACUUUCUGAAACAAGAAUGUGAGAAGGACGAUGGAAAGGACGAGCUCGAGGAGGAUACCUUCCCUUUGGCAAUGCAAGACCUUCUGUGCAUGAACAAUGACUUCCCUCCGCGAGCCCACUGCCUGGUCAGAUGGUAUGGUAUACGAGAGUUUGUGGUCAUCUCCCCUGGAACCAACUGUGAGGCCAUCAUCAGCGAGUCCAAAUGCAAUCUCCUUCUCAGCUCCAUCUCGAUUUCUCUGGCCAACAGUGGCUGCCAGGUGCCCAUGUUCGUGCAGAUCCAGCAGAAGUGGAGGCGGAUGUACGCUGGAGAGUGCCAGGGACCAGGUGUGCGCACUGAAUUUGAGAUGGUCCACCUCCGCAAGGUUCCAAGCCAGUACAACCACCUGUCUGGCCUGCUUGACAUCUUCAAGUCUAAGACAGGCUGCACCCUAUCCCCUCUACCUCCAGUCAAUAUUGCCAUCCGUUUUACCUAUAUUCUCCAGGACUGGCAGCAGUAUUCAUGGCCACAGCAGCCCCCAGACUUUGACACACUCCUUGGUGGUGAGGUAGGAGGCGUGGAAUUUGGGAAGCUUCCUUUUGGAGCCUGUGAGGAGCCAAUCAGUGAACUUCAUCUUGCAACCACUUGGCCUCACCUGACAGAAGGCAUAGUCGUGGAUAAUGAUGUUUACAGUGACCUUGACCCUCUCCAAGCUCCUCACUGGUCAGUCCGAGUCAGGACAGUUGAAAACCCUCAGUGUUUACUGGGUGACUUUCUGACAGAGUUCUUUAAGCUCUGUUGUAGGAAGGAGUCUAUAGAAGAAGUUCUGGGAAGAGGAUUGGCUGAAGAGGAAGGCAAAGAAAAUAGUGACAUCAGCUCUGCCUUAUCCAAGCUGACAGAGCCAGCGGCAACAGUGCCGAUCUCCAAACUCUCCGUGUCCAAUAUGGUACAUAGUGCCCGAAAGCACAUCCGACGCCACAGACGCAUUGAUGAGUCACCUCUCAGCUCUGAUAUACUCAAUUCCAUCCUUCUGUAUCUCUUCCCAGAUGCUGCUGUGGAGAAGUCGUCAGAGAAUAGCAAGAGUAAAACCGCACAGUCAAAUGCCUGUGGGAAGACCGAGCAAGAUAAAAACUGUGACUACAACCUUUUUCUCCAGCUGAAGUCAGCACCCAGUGACAGUCUGACCUACCGACUGGCUUUGUGUGUGUGUCUGGUCAACUUCUACCAUGGUGGGCUGCGGGCUGUUGCCCACCUCUGGCAGGAGUUUGUCCUAGAGUUGCGCUACCGCUGGGAAAACAACUUCCUUAUCUACGGACUGGCUGGUGGGCCUCCUGAUCUUCGCUGUUGUCUCCUGCACCAGAAACUCCAGAUGCUGAACUGCUGCAUUGAGAGGAAGAGGGCCAGAGAUGAAUCCCGUAAGGUGCUGGAGGGAAGCAAAGAGAGAGAGCGGUCCAGCCGCCCUGUACCAGAGUCUACAACUGCAACUGCGAAUUCAUCCAACUUAACAAGGGAGGUUUCUCCGGGAAAAUCCUGGGACUCAUGGAGCGACAGUGAAGAUGAGUUCUUUGAGUGCUUAAGUGAUCAGGAGGAGAUGGAGGCUCCACACAGUGAGGGGGGAAAGGAUGGCAGUAAAAUCAAAGCGGAGGGGAGGAUGCACCCUUAUAACAACAUGGUUCUACUUCACUCUACAGAGCUUCUCUAUGUUCCUGUCACACAGGAACCUGCUCCCAUGACAGAAGAUCUGUUAGAGGAGCAAUCAGAAGUACUGGCAAAGCUGGGAACAUCAGCUGAAGGUGCUCACCUCCGUGCCCGGAUGCAGAGUGCCUGUCUGCUCUCUGACAUGGAGUCAUUUAAGGCAGCGAACCCAGGCUGUGUUCUAGAGGACUUUGUGCGCUGGUACUCACCUAGGGAUUAUGUGGAGGAAGAGGUGGUCGAUGAGAAGGGUAACAAAAUGGUGAAAGGCGAGCUUAGUGCCAGGAUGAAGAUCCCAAGCAACAUGUGGGUGGAGGCUUGGGAGACAGCCAGGGCUACACCUGCACGCCGCCAGAGAAGGCUUUUUGAUGAUACUAAGGAGGCCGAAAAGGUUCUGCACUAUCUGGCAAUGCAGAAACCUGCAGACCUGACCCGCCAUCUCCUGCCCUGCAUACUCCAUGCUGCAAUUCUGAAGUUGAAGGAGGAAGAGUCAGUUGAAGACAUCCCAUCAGUCAAAAAGACAAUCCAGCAAGCUACGUCUCAAGCCAGCAAACUCCUGCACCACCCAAACCACGACUACAAGAAAUUAGAGGAUUUCAUUAACCAGUUGAUGGCCAUGGAGACAGUCAUCACCCGAGUUCGCUCUCUCAAGGCCAAGUUUGCCACUGGUGAGGGUGAGAAGGGAGAAGACACAGAGGAGCUGGAGAAGUUUGUUAGCUCUCUGCUGGAAGAACCAGAGGUGGUGGUGAUUGGAGCUGGCCAGGGGCCGGCAGGCAGCAUCAUCCACAGACUGUUUGCCAGCGCUCAGAGGCUGGCUGACUUCACGAGUGACGAGGCCGCACUCCUUGCACCACUGGAGGAAGACUUGGGGCAUGCAGCCAGAACAGAGGACAAGAAGCUGACUGUAGGAAGCAGCAACAUGCCUGACUUCCCUCCUCCAGCAGGCCGGGAGAUUCUGUUACGUACAUGUGUUCCUCGGCCAGCACCGUACUCCAAAGCUCUACCUCAGCGGCUCUUUUGUGUGUUGAUGAGGGAAGAAUUCAGGCUGGCAGGGGCUUUCUCCUCAGACACCUCCUUCUUCUAAGAACAAACACCCAUUAUGAAGAUAUUUCAUCUGAAACUGUGUUCCAUUCGACAAUGAUCAUUUGUAGCCAGAACUGGAAGGGCAGUUAAGAACACAGGGUGUCUCAUUAAAAUUAUUCAGUUUUAUUUGUGGCUCUUCUGUGGGUUAAUGAGUUUGUUGUGGGCACUAAUGCUUGUUCAAAACUGGUGAAUGUUUUUAUUCCGGCAUAACAUAUCUCUAACUCCCCCUGCCCAACACACUUAUGAUCAUUGCUAUCUAAAAAAAAAAAGAGACAUACAGCUUUAGGUAGGCCUUAUUGCAUUUGGUCCUUUAAAAAAUUUAAUUUUCAGCCGCACUCAGGUAAUGGGCACACUGAGAUUUCAUAUACUAUAGAAUGCUGAAAUUUCACUGUACACAAUUGCAGAUAUCAAGCAUUAGUAAACAGAGGGGACUUAAAAGUGUCACCCAAUUUCAUCUGUAGUUAAGCUGGCAGUUUAAGACUGAGCUAAAAGUUGCAGUUUGCCUUGGGAGACCCCAACAUGACAACCACUCCAUCACAAUAUGGUGGCAAUGUGCUUAGUCUGCAAAUCACCACCCUAUUGUACUGGAGUGGUUUUCAUGUCCCAGUGUACCUGGGAGCUAUGUUAGGGGCAAUGGCCCAUAGUAGUCUCUCUCAAGGUGAGGCCCCAGGUAAGGGUACAGACUAAGGGUGUUUUCAGUUUAGUUUGUUUGCUCUUGUCUGAAUCUGUAGAUGAGUUGGUAAACUUGCUGCGUUUUCCCCUCAGUAUGGUUUCUUUUCGCACAGAAAUGCAGCGGUUGUUACGCUAGUCCAGGUUGGACCUUGAUUCACUGUCUGGCUAGCUGCUUGCAACUGUUGAUUUCGCUCUUCACAUCCCAGUAUGCAAAGCGCACCUGGCUCAAACAUACAGAGUACACCUACCCUCACAGUUAAGAUCAGAUCACAUUCCCACUACAAAUAAAUAUCUGCCCUAUAUCUGGACAUAUCGGUGCUUGAUAUGGCAGAAACCUGAGAACCUACUGGUAGACACCAGCAAUGAAGGAGACUGUCAAGCUGAAGGAGGAGGCCUUUCAGGCUUGGUUGGCCCAGGGGUAUCCUGAAGCAGCAGGCAGUUUCCAAAUGGCUAAAAGGGGGGAUGGCAUCAGUGGUUGCAGAAGCAAAAACCCGGUUGUGGGAGGAGUUCUGGCAAACUGUCAGACAACAGAAGGGGAAACAGGACUGAUCCCAGGUUGUUUACAGUGGGGGAGGAGAGCUGCUGACCCUGACUAGGAACAUUGUCGGGCAGUGGACAGAUAAAAACAAAUAUAUUUUGUGACUUUGGGGGCUCCAUGUGCUACGUAGCAGUAAUUUCUGUCAUCGCCAGUUUUCUGUGAUCGAUGUUAACUGAUUACCCAACACAGAUGUAGUUGGUCUGCAUUAAUAUUCUUGCAGCAUAAAAUCAUCAAGGAUGUCAGUGCAGCAACACAGGAAUGACUGUUGGUUAACAUGUAGCAUUCAUGAGCUGCAAUUGCGUAGUCAUUUAGUUAUCUGACGGCAGAAAAAUAUGUUGAUGAAAUAAAACUAAAUUCUUCAAUCAGUUAUAUGUGCACGAGUCCUAGAAUUCAACACUGUUGUGCUACAAAAAACAUUUCACAUUUUACAUUCAGAGCUUAUUCUCAGAUUUAAAUAUUUUAUGUAUUGUCAUUGCCUAUAUGAUUCUGUUCUUCUGGUCUCUUAUGUGUGACUGUAAUCUCCUUAUUUCUGACCACAUUCCAAGUGAUAGAAUAACAUAUUCAAUAACAUGUUCUAUACCUGUUAUAUUUUUGUGGUGUGCAGUAAUGGGUUUACUGACCCCACUUAUUGUCGAUAUGCUGAUGGCAUUCCUGCUCUAGUUUACAGACUUAAGCAGUGUUUUGCACAUGAAUGCUUGUUGAUACAUAAGUGCAAUCACACAUCAAUGUGUGUAGAUCUUGCUCUGAAGUGCAAUUACAUACCUAUUGGAAAAACGUACCUUUACUAAUCACAGUGAGGCCAGGGUGAUCACUCAAAAGUUUGUAUCAAUUUCAAUGAACUGUAGUAUUAUCAAGUUAACCAGUGGUAAAUUCUUUGUAGGUGUAGGGGUCCUUUGUCUAUGCAGGCAAAAUGUGUGUACAGUACAUGCUAAAUGCUGGUCCUUAAUGUCUGCUUAUUUAAAAAUAAACCUUUUCUGCUGUCUCAGUGA